AUGCAAGUGCAAGGGUCGUUUGGCCUGGAUUGGUCCAUACACACCGACACAACCACAGAACGACUGGGUUCCUACCUUGUCGCGCCCAACGAGAUCACGACCUUUGUCAACGCCGUCGACUUCUCGAUUCAGGAGAAUGAGUCGUACGACCGCGAUGUUGCAAAGGUGCAGAUGUUGGAGGAUAAGCUGCGCAUGGGGAAGUUGUUGAGGGAGAUACAGAAGUGCGGCGAUGACUUGAGGGAGGAUCUGAAUGGGCUGCUAGUUGAUGACGGGGGCACGAGGAUGCGGUCGAGCACAAGAUUCCUGUGGGCGACGAAGCGGAAGCGGUUGGAGGAGCAGGUUCGGAGACUCGAUAUGUUGAGGAUGCGCUUCUUGGUCGUGUACAUGGGCCUGGUGGCGGCGCAGGGCACCUCUGAAGAAAAGAAUCCGCGGGAUCCUGAGAAGCAUGUAUCACCGAGGACGGUGGUACGGCCGGGUCUGAAUCACGCUUUGCUUGAGGGCGUCACAAGGAAACCCCCGCUUCGAAGGCUCACAACGCAGGCGAUGGGACACAAUGAUCAGGUGGGAACACCUCAAAAGACGGGCUGGAUGGGAGUCGUGGCGGAGUUACAGAACUCGCCAUUAAUGCAUAAGCGGCAUGCUUCAAUUGAGAGCCACAUGGCGAGUCCAAGAUGA